AUGGCCGAGAGAAGCCAGGCGUCCCACGAGCACGGUGUGAUUGCCGUUAAUCUGAGACUCAUGAACAAGAACAGCGAGAUUACAAAACAAAAGUCUUUAUCAGAGCUGAUUCGUCAUGUCAAAGAAGCACCAAGCAGUGUUCUUACGCACUUUGCCAUGGGAAUAGCUGAGACUGUCAUUCGGCAUGCCCAAAGCGGCAAUCCCACUAUUCGGGCCUCAGUCUUUAUGCUUCUGAAGGCGCUGAUGGAGCGGGGGAAGGAGGUGAGGCUCGCCAUCGUCUCGAGUCUACCCGCACUCUCACCAGUUUGGAUAAUGUCAAUGAGCGAAAUGGAGUUUGCUGUGCGUAUGGAAGCCCAGGCGGCCUUUGAGUCGACCUUUAGUGCGGAAAAACGGCAUUCAAUGAUGUUUCGGUAUAAAGAUGAUAUUCUCUCCGGGAUACUUGAGGUAAUAACUGAUAUCGUCGACAAGGACGGAACGCCGCUGCUCGACGACAGCCUUGAUCGGCGCUCUAAUUUACUGUUCUCCGCUCUUUCCGGCAUGGGCUUCAUGGUGAAGCAAGUCAGUGCAUCUCAGGUUACGGUGAUGUCGUUUGUGCUCGAGAAUCCGGAGUUCGCGCGUCUUUUGCCAUGCCGACCACCUAAAAAGGGUUACAUUCUUGCCAAAACGCCCCUUGUGCGCUCCUCGGUGCUUUCGUUGUUGCGUGAUGUCGUGACGGUGUGCCCAUGCACGAACAAACUACAUAAGCUUGUUUCACAGGCCAUGCACGGUUCGAUCCUAGAGAAGGAUGCAACUAUUGCUUCCCGUGUUUGGGAGCUCCUACUGUUUUGGUGCCGUAUCAAUGUUAACGAGGUACUCAAUAAUAUCUCUCCAAAAUUUUUGGAUGACAUCAUUGACAGUUUCAUGUCUUGCGACCAGCAGGACCUGGCGGAGGUUAUCUUUCCUUCUCUGCUCCCACUGUUGAUCCAGCUCACCACCGAAAGGCGCUGUGAUGAGGUGCUGGACGAGUUCGUUGCGGCGCUGCUGGAGAAGAUGCGCCAGCUAAAGGACACCCCUAAUGUGAGCGCGCACGAACUCGAGCUGGUCUUUUCCGCCUUGACAGAGUGCUGGGGGCUUUACUGUGUUCGGAAAAAAGGCGAUACGACGUGUGAAGAUGCCACUGAGCUCUUUGGCUCCAUAAUGAAAUGCCUUACGGACAUCCUAACCAACGAUUCGAAGCGCAUACGCUACUUGAAAGUGGUGGCUCCAUGCCUAGGCUUGAGUCUGCUGAAGAUUUCACAUAACGAGCGCAUCUUCAAAGCAUGCAUGACAAUAUUGUGUGACAUACCUUCCUCUGACUCCUCCAAUCAUCAGGAUCUAACGCUACCCGCUGGUGUGAGUGAGAUUCCUCUCAACAGCAAUUGGCAUUUACGCUCCGCUGUUUUAGAGUCGAUGUACGCUAAAACAGUACACGAUGCGAGAUACACCGUACAGCAGAAGGUGAUGAGUGGCUAUUUAAACUCGACCAUCCCGCAGAUGCUGCUGCUUCGGGGCCAUACCGCGGGGCUUCCUGAACUGCUCUUGGAGGUCACCAAGAACGGCUAUAAGCCCUCGCACGAAGUCGCCGAGGGUGUGAUUCACUACUUAAGUAACUUAAUGAAGACGUUAGAUGAGCAGGCGGAUCGCAUUAGGAAUGGCCUCACCACGACGGUGUCGUACGAAGAAAUGACCGAGCACUGCCGAAGUUUGAUGGAGACCGCACUCCUUUGGGGAAUUCCAGCGAUCACAGACUUACUUUUGGAGGAAUGCAAGUCUGUUCACCUGGAGGUGGUGCAGCAAACCAUCAUGGAUUACCAUCUCAAGGAUCCCGUCAAGGCUUUUGAUCUGCUUAUUGUAGCCUGCAAGACAAACUCGUUUGACGAUAUAGAGAACUGCAUCUCCCGAUUGAACGUGCCGGACACGGGGCUGACGCCCGAGCAGCGCCCAGCGCUUCUUGAGGCGGUCGUUGCUGCACUUGAGGGCAUGCUGCGACUGGUAGAAGGUUUGGGAGAAGAACUCGACUCGGAGGAUGACAGCAGCAGCAACUCCGAUGCUGAGCGAACCAAGGGACCUCGAUUCUCAGCAAAGCAAGAGAAUGAGUAUGAAAAUUCAAGUGUGUACUCAAGCGACUCCAGAACAUGUGAGGAAAGCUCAGACGAUGAUAAUGAUGCCUCACCAAACGGAUCGCCUGUCGAUGCGGGUUCAAACACUAUGUUGCCUUCUGAGGAAGGGGAUACUGCCGAUGAGAGCGACUUGGAUGCACAAAACAAAGCGAGCGAGGUCCUUUAUGUAGUUUCUCAUUGGUGCGAACAGCUAUCCAUCGGUGGCGACAUUGGUUCACACAAGAUGGAAAAAAACAUUGGCACCCUCCUUUUCCUCUCCGCGGACGUCUUCACGAAGCGUAUUUCUGAGCUGCUCUAUCGCCUAGUAGCUGCCGUCGCCCCGAGGUUGUAUCCGGAGGAUUAUAUCUCAAUCAAAGCUCUUCGCGUCGUCUUGCAAAAUCAGCAGAAAAUGAAUGACAACAAUGGUGUGGUCGACAAGCUUACGGACGCACUUGAGGAAAAGGUGCACUUCCUUCGAGUGAACGAUUUCAACCUCCUCGUAGCGCACGUAGCGGCCUUGCUGGAUGACCUGGGGGUUCCUCAAACAGACCGCGAUGAUUUCGCGUGGAAGUUUCUAAUCGCCACUCUGAAGUUCGAGGAGCCAGCGUGCUACUAUGCGGUUCAUCAACUUCAGUUUUUGGUACCUUUUGCCUCUGAGGCACUUCUCCAGCGCCUGGUUCAGCUCCCAGAGUUAUGGGAACUGUUUAGCGUCUCGCGGCAGUGCAGUGGGGAUAAAAAUUUGGAAGGAAGUUUUCGCUCCCUUUUUGGUGGGUACUUUUCACUUUCGGAGUUGGAUCUCUCACUCACAGCUGUCGUUCGCACUGCGCAAUUACUACGGCUGUUGGAUUACAGUAACUGCGUAGGUGUAUGGAAUGAAAGCGCCUCUUCUACUGAAAUGCAGAUUCGAACGAAAAUAUGCUAUCGUUUGAUUGUGGCUGCCAGUUUGACGGAGACCUUUUCGUCAGGUAUUCGAUCUAUUCUCUUUUCUCGAUUGCUGCCCAAGGUCCUUGGGUGUAUUAAACCCCUCGCCGACUUGCUUAUUGAUUCCUCCCUCUCAACUCCUAUCAGGGAGAAGGCGGGUGAAUCUAGGGAUCCUUUUGUGUGCACGUUGGCUGCGGCACUCCGAGAUAUGGCAAAGAAUACGGCUGAUAGCACGCACCUUGGCUUUAUUCUCCAGGCACGCCGUGUGAUGAGUGCAGUCACGGAGCGCAUCAUCAAGAAGCUUUUUACCAAGGAUGGUGCGCGGGGAAUCGAACACGAUUGUUGCGUGUUUUACACUACCUUCUACGCCAUCAUGGACCAGACCGCGAAUCUGGUUGAGGACAACAUUUUCGCUCAGGUGCCCAAAGACCUCGAGGCGCUCUUCAUGGAGGCGAGCUGCAUGCUGCCGAGCUGGGAUCUCGAUACGUCGAAGCUUUCUCUGGUCGUUCAUCGGCAUCUCGCCACGAUGCCCGUUGUCUCCGCGAGCACGGUGAAAAGCAUCCUAGACUACGCGCAGCGGCAGAACCCGCUUCACUGCCUGGAGUUACUGGCGGAGCUCUCCUGCACUCGCAUCUUGGAUCUGAACAUCUUUGGCGACCUCGUGCGCGUCAUCACGCACUCCCUCUGCCGCUGCUACACCCUCCGCCAUCUCCCGAGCAACGGGCGGUUGCCGGUGGAAUCUCCCGAGCGCCCCUCCGCGCCGCUGCCUUUUCAUCUCCUGCAGCGAAUCGCGGUGGCGGCGGUCCUCGCGCGGCGCGGCGUCAUCCUCCACAGCUACAUGGAGGACGUGCUGCGGAGCACAGUGAACUUGGUCAUCUUCGACGCCGUCUGCGAGGCGGUCUCGCGACUUCAGACGACGAGUGGGGUGGAAAUCCCACUCCUCGCGAAGCUCAUCGCCUUCACCUCGGAGUUUAUGAGUACGCUGCUGCAUAACGAUGCGUCCGUGCUGCGGGCGUCCGAUGCGAGCGUCACCGUCAUCGCCUCGGCGCUCUCCUACGUCUAUCUUUGGCUUAGCGCGAUGCCCAUUGCGAGGAUGGAGGGGAUUGGCCAUGACGUGGUUUCGGGAGUUCUCUACACGGUAUGCCUCCUGGCCAACCUCACGCUCGUGCGCACGCGUGCGCCUUUGCAUGAAAAGAUGCGACUAAUUCUAAAUAAGUGGUCUUUGAAGCCCCUUCGCCACGAAUUCACGUCGGCGUCUCCUCUGAAGCUCUCCCACUUGCGUCGCCAAAACACCCUUAUCUGUAAGACUUACAAGCAACGGCUGCUCAUGUUCCCUUAUCUCCUGGCGUGGUGUGUCGUGCUGACGACACCCGCAACCGAUGAGGAGACGCUCCGUCUGUCGGACAACCAGGGCUAUAAGCAGUGGAGAGGGGACGUUUGUCGGCUUCUCGAUCUCGUAUGCGUCCUGCUCCUGACGCCCUUAUUUAGUGGAGCAAAGCGGGUCGAGGAUACCCUCCUGGGUGUACCCUCCUCCACUGCGAAUGACGGCGACUCCACCAGUGCGGAGGCUGGGGCGCUCGGAUUCGAAGUGGUCGCCCUCACCCGUGUAACGUCGCCUCAGCCGAUGAUGCAGCUCGCGAGUGGCGCCGCGGCGGUGUUUGGCCUCCUCCUGCGAGGGUCCACUCUUUCCCUGGUGAAAGGGUGGCUUGAGACCGUCGAGCGGAAGACGCAGGUAAUGAUAUAUAACUUUGUGCAGCUUUACAUCUCACCCGUACUCAUCCAUGAAAACUUUCUCACGGUGCUGAGCCACAGUCCAGACGGAUCGAGCACCUUUACCAUUGGGGAAAACUACUCCGUUUCUGUGAGGACAGCUCAAAGAACCAUCGAUCUCAGCUACGCCAUCGAGGAUGCAUGUAUAUCGGUGCGCAUUCGCUUUCCGUCUUCUUAUCCGCUACGGCAGCCCGCUGUGGAAUUCACCAGUGGCCGAGAGUGCGGCAUAUCGAUGGAAAAGCGGCGAAGGUGGAUGCUAAAGAUGACGUCGUUGCUUUUCAGCGAGCUGACGAACCUUUGGGAUUGUAUGGAGCUCUUCCGGGAGAACGUCGAGGCCCACCUUGGUGGGCAGGAGCCUUGCCCGAUUUGCUACGCCGUCGUGAGUGCCGUCAAUCACAAGCUGCCGGACCUGCAGUGCUCGGUCUGCCGGAAUAUGUCCUUUCACUCUAGUUGUCUCUACAAGUGGUGGGCGAGCGGGGGGCAGACGGUUUGCCCGCUUUGCCGCUCGCCGUGGAUAUCAGAAUGA